AUUUCAUUCUUGGGGGCUCUUCAAGUAAAUGUUAUGUAAAAGACAUUGCAUUGGCUCUAAGAAAACAGUUCUUAAGUGCAAACGAAUCGAUUUGGUGUCAUAUGAUAAUUUUUCCCUUUUCAUGUUUGUUUGUGAAUGACAUUUUGUUUUUCUUUUAAUGUUAAUAUCAUUGUGGAUUCGUAGUUAUUUCCCUUAAAGCGUGACGGUCAGUUGAUGUGCAAACUGAGAUUAUGGCAGCACCUACGACAUCUUUACACGAGGAACUGUUGUCCCGAUCGAUUUCCUCUACUGCUGGAGAAUCAUUUCUGUACGCAUUCAUCGUAUCUGUAGGCACAGUCGGUAACUUUGCAGUACUUCUGGUCUUGUACAAGAAUCAUCGUCUUCGGAACAUACCCGCGUAUUUUGUUAUUUCCCUGGCGAUAUCUGAUGUCAUAAUGUUGGAUUUGUGCGCACCAUUUUCAAUAGCAGUGCUUAUGACUGGUGACUGGUUAUUUGGAGACCUACUUUGCCAGAUUCAAGGGUUCGGCGUCAUGUUGGUCGCAUGCGCCUCGUUAGGAACACUUGCUCUUGUUGCGAUAAACAGGUAUUUUCACAUCGUCAAAACUUCUCAGUACAGAGUUAUCUUCACUCCGAGGAACGCAAUCCUUAUUAUACUCGGUGGAUGGGCAUCUGCCUUUAUCACACCUUUGACUUACACAGCAGCUGGUAAAGAUUACGUCUUUCAGCCUGGGAAGUUCUUUUGUUUCAUGGAAUCGAAGUUUACUUUGCUCGUGCUACCAUUUUACGGUUUCAUUGCUAUCUCAAUGUUAAUUCUCAUUGUAUGUUACCUGAGCGUGUUCAAAGCGUUGAAAACCCAUGAAAGAACCGUUGCUAACAAUCUCCGGAAAGGGAACACCCGGCAAAUAGUGAUCUCAUUGGAAGAUAUCAGGGUCACCAAGAUCUUAUUCGCUACAGUGGUAGGCUUCGUCCUGUGUUGGACGCCAGUGCUGAUGAUUGACAUUGUUGAUGCAUUCCUGGGGUCGGAAUGGGAGCUAACCCGCGGGACCUAUUAUAUGUAUACCAUUUUUGGCAUUACAAGUUCCGCUAUCAAUCCCAUAAUUUAUGGAGUCAUGAAUCCUUCCUACAGGAGAGCAUAUUGCCGGUUAUUUGGAUGCCGCAGACAGGGUCGCGUCGGAGAUGUGCCCACUACCCAGGGACCGGAGCUGACGAAACACGAGUUGAUCGCGCCAGGUAAUGACGAUCCAUCGAAGAUUUAUUCACAGAAGAUCCCACAGUCCGAUCACCAUGUUCCAUCUUCUGAUCAAGAAUGAAAGGUUAUUCUGAGAAGGCCCUAAAGUAAAGUAAAUUGUCGUUCAAAUUUUCUUAAAAAUGCACAAGACAAUCUGCCGUUUUACGACGUAGUGAGAAAGUUUGAUCAAGAAAGACUUCUACUAAAAUCGAAUCCAUGGAAAUCACACAUCACCUACGAGUUAUUUGGUCCUCAAAGAGUUUCUCUGUUAAAAAGUGAAACAAACCGACACUCACACAAACAGGAGCAAAAACGAAGUGUUGAGAGACAAAACCCUGCUUUGAACUUACGAUGUAACUUUGGUAGUAAUUAAUUUCAGCUAUGAGGUAUUUUCAUAGCCGUCUGUGGCUAUUUUACGGUUUACCUUGAGAUACUUUGUGCGGUGAAUAAUCCCCGACCAACGACAUCAAAAAUAAACGAACGCGAACGCGGUGCAAUUCAACAUGCGAUAAGUAGGUAUCCGUUUUCGUAAGUUCGGAUCAGCUGAAUUUGGGGAAUCUGGGAGGAGACCCUUUUGCAUUGUCAGUAUACUUCUUCUAAAUGGGGUGGCUGAUAUAAAUUGCCAGCCAAAGAUUUUAAAGGGGAGAAGUAAAUUUACGAAUUGCACCGCGUUCGCCCCCUAUCGAGUUCGCCACCUGCAAGAGGGUCUCCUCCCAGAAUCCCCAAAUUCAGCUAACCGAAACAAGAAGAGAGAAAAUCUGAUCCGAACUUACGAAAACGGAUACCUACUAAUCGCACAUUAAGUGACGGGUAAGUCAGGCCAUGGGACAAACAAAGCCGCCCAAGAUGAAUCACUUGAUGAGAAGUUAAGACACAAGUCACUUCAAAAACGUUUCUGCUUUAUUUCCUGAAACGUAAACUUCCACUUGAUUGUGCAUCAAGACACGACCAUGCUAUGAUGCAAUGUUACAAGUAAUGUUUGCAGGACGCAAUAGGGGGACAUUAAGCCAUUUCUCGUAUGCUUUACUACUUAAAAAAAAGUUGGAUAAGAAUUACCAUACCAACACUGCAGGGCUUGGGCAGUAGGCACUUCGCAUACGCACAUGAUGUGAUUUGGUAACUAAUUAAUGGACAAUUCCUGAGGCAUAUGGCAUUAUGAGAAAUAUUGCAGCCAGCUGAGGCCGGCGGCCUCAGCUGGCUGCAAUA